AUGGCGGAGGAGCAAAUUGAUCGAAUAUCGCAAAUGCCCGAUGACAUAUUGAGAAGUAUCUUGAGUUUACUUCCCACCAGGGACCUUGCUCGAACCAAUUUGGUGUCAAAGGCAUGGCGAAAGCUAUUUGCUUUUUCCUCUCUCCCAGUUUUGAUGUUCCAGUCUCCGGAUUUUCUCGCUGCACCUCGCAAAGACACUGAUGUCUCCUCCUUUAUCAAUGCCAUCGAUUCCUACCUAAAACUCCGUCAGAAAGACGCAAGUCUUGAGAAACUCCGGCUCCAUGUGCAUCUCAAUGACGUCAAAUCGCUGUUAGACUCGUGGAUCGACGCGGCACUUGAGAGGAAGGUGAAGGAGCUGGAUCUAUAUAUACUACCCAGGGGAAGGGAGAGAAGAAAUCCUUAUAGCUUGCCGGCUAAAAUUUUUGCUGCCACAACAAUUACUGUUCUCAGUUUACAGCGUGUCAUAAUGGAAAUCUAUGGUGAUAUAGAUCUUCCGGCGCUACGAAAGUUGUAUUUAGGAGAAAUCCAGUGUGAUGAACAACCAAUUCAGAAACUGAUAUCAAGUUGCCCUUUGAUCGAUUGUUUGCGCAUCGAAUCUUGCCACGGGUUGCAAAAGCUUCAUGUUUCGGGGCUUGCUAAUCUACGUAGGCUGGAAGUACGUCGGUGUUAUGAAUUGAAGAGGAUUGAAAUCAAUGCGCCAAGCCUUCAAUAUCUCAGGUAUCAACAAGGAAGAUGCCCGUGUGACGUUGUCUUGAGGGCCUCUGAAUUUCUCAGAGAGUUAACAUUUUGGGACUCAACCAUAACAGAGGAUUUGUUCCAAAAUCUUGUCUCUGGACUUCCGAGUCUUGAGGGAUUGGGGAUAAGGUGCACUCAAUUGCAAAGGAUUGAGAUUUCGCAUCAUCAGCUAAGCGACUAG